AUGUUUACACUCGCCAGCAGAGACCACCACUGUCUUAAUAUCACGACGAGUAUACCUGAAGUUUCAAUCUCCGCGUUGCUGCAAACUGCCCUUGCUGUCUCUGUACACGCGUUCUGCACGAAACAAGACCUACAAAAGAACUACCCCCCAGGCUUACACGAGACGUUCCUCGUCUUCCCCCUCCUCCCCGUCGAGCUUCAAAUCCAGAUUUUCCUCUUCGCCAGCAGACAUUGA